AUCGUUAAUAAAAUGCUGUUGUUAAAUUAUCAACAACAAAAAACAUAAAUAAAAUUUGCUAUGUUCAGAUGCAAAGCACUCUGCCAAUCCUGGAUUAGAAACGCUUUGGCAAUAACUACGCCGCAAACAAACCUACAACGCAGUUGGCUAGUCGACGGGCAACAUUUAAAGCGUGACAAAGACAAAGUGACAACGAAGCACCUGUUUCGUGGCAUGGCGACAGCAACAACGGAUGGCGCCAGCAGUGCGGGCGAACAAAAAAAGAAGCACUACAAUAGAUUAGCAGAAUCCAAGUCGCCGUAUCUUAAGCAGCAUCAGCAUAAUCCAGUGGACUGGUACCCCUGGGGUGAAGAGGCGUUUGAGCGGGCGCGCAAAGAAAACAAGCUUAUCUUUCUAUCCGUGGGCUACUCCACAUGCCAUUGGUGUCAUGUGAUGGAGCACGAAUCAUUUGAGGAUGCUCAGACAGCAGUUGUGAUGAACAAGCACUUUGUCAACAUCAAAGUGGACAGAGAGGAGCGUCCAGACAUUGACAAGAUUUACAUGCAGUUUCUGCUCAUGUCCAAGGGCAGCGGUGGCUGGCCCAUGAGCGUUUGGCUAACGCCAGAUCUAGCGCCAUUGGCAGCGGGCACAUACUUCCCGCCCAAAUCCCGCUAUGGCAUGCCUGGCUUUACCAUGGUGUUAGAGUCUAUAGCAAAUAAGUGGGAAACGGAUCGAGAAUCGCUGUUGCAGGCGGGCUCAACGCUGCUAACCGCAAUGCAAACUAAUCAAAAUACCGGCGCUGAUCCUGCGGCUGCCUUUGAGCCCGGCAGCGCAGAUGCUAAGCUCCAGGAGGCCAUAGUUGUGCACAAGCAGCGUUUUGAUAUACAACAUGGCGGCUUUGGACGCGAGCCCAAGUUUCCAGAGGUGCCGCGACUAAACUUUCUCUUCCAUGCUUAUUUGGUAAGCAAGGAUGCCGAUGUGCUGGACAUGGUGCUGCAAACGCUGGAGCACAUAGGACGUGGCGGCAUUAAUGAUCACAUAUUUGGCGGCUUUGCGCGUUAUGCCACCACCAGAGAUUGGCACAACGUGCACUUUGAGAAGAUGCUAUACGAUCAGGGACAGCUGAUGGCAGCUUUUGCUAAUGGCUACAAGCUGACCAGAAACGAGUUGUUCCUGCGCUAUGCGGAUAAAAUUUACCAAUACAUUGUAAAAGAUCUGCGUCAUCCAGCAGGUGGUUUCUAUGCAGGCGAGGAUGCCGAUUCGCUGCCCACACAUGAGGAUACUGUUAAGGUGGAAGGCGCGUUCUAUGCCUGGACUUGGCAGGAAGUGGAGGCGGCUUUCAAAUCAGAGUCAGCGCGCUUUGGCGAGCUGAGCGCCGAACGCGCUUUUGAAAUAUAUGCUUACCACUAUGACUUCAAGCCGGCGGGCAAUGUGCCGCCUGCCAGCGAUCCACAUGAACAUUUAAAAGCCAAAAACAUACCCAUUGAACGUGGUGUAGAGAUGGAUACGUGUGCCAACUUUGCACUGGAGCUAGAGCAGCUGCAAUCCUUGCUAAGUACAGCUAAUGAUAUAUUGCAUCAGUUGCGAGAUAAGCGUCCACGUCCUCAUUUGGAUACCAAAAUCAUUUGCGCUUGGAAUGGUUUAGUGCUGUCGGGUCUUGCCAAGCUGGCCAAUUGUGGCAGUGCCAAGCGGUCGGCUUACAUGGACACAGCCAAGCAGCUCAUGCAGUUUCUACGCAGCAAGCUCUAUGUGGAGAAGACUAAGUCGCUGCUGCGUUCUUGCUAUGGCGCAGGCGUGGGCAUGGAGGAGCUGGAACAGAAUGCCGUCAGCAUCGAAGGCUUUCUGGAUGACUAUGCGUUCCUAAUCAAGGGUCUGUUGGACUACUACAAAGCUUCGCUGGACAAUGAGGCGUUGCACUGGGCCAAGCAGCUGCAGGAGACGCAGGACAAAUUGUUCUGGGAUGAGCAAAAUGGCGCUUACUUUUUCUCACAAGAAAAUGCACCGAAUGUUAUAGUGCGGCUCAAGGAGGAUCACGAUGGCGCUGAACCUUGUGGCAACAGCGUUGCUGCACGUAAUCUCACCAUAUUGGCGCAUUAUUACGAUGAGGACAGUUAUCGCGCACGUGCUGCCAAGCUGCUCAACUACUAUUCCGAUGUCUCGCCUUUCGGGCAUGCGCUGCCAGAAAUGUUGUCUGGACUAUUGCUGCAUGAGCAAGGCCUGGACCUGGUAGCUGUUGUUGGCCCGGACUCUGCCGAUACUAAACAAUUUGUAGAGAUUUGCCGCAAGUUCUUCAUACCUGGCAUGAUUAUAUUGCGCUGUGAUCCACAGCAUCCGCAGGAUUCCUGCAAUCAACGCGUGCAGCAAAAGUUUAAAAUGGUGAAUGGCAAAACAACGGUUUACAUUUGCCACGAUCGUGUCUGCCGCAUGCCGCUGACCGAACCGGCUCAGCUGGAGGAGCAUCUGAUGUCGAAUUUCUUUAAGGAGCGCCUAUAAAUUGUAAUUGUAAACUGUAUAAACUAUUGACAUUACUCGAAUUAGUUUGCUAGACUAAGUUAAUUGUUAUUGUUUUUGGCUUCUAAAGCAUAAAUUGGUUCACGGAACUAGUGUUAAGUACUGGACUAUGUAUUAGCUUGAUUAAACAUUUAUGCAAGUUAAAUUUGAGGUUAUUUUUGGCCAUCGAUACUCGUUACUAGCAUUUGUGAAAUAAAACAAACUUAACGUUCAA